AUGUCAUCGUCCUCGCCACGAAAGAACAUCGACCAAGGCAUCUCGGCAUCUCGCGCAGGCGGUGCGCAGAAACGACCGCCUGCGACGAGCAAAGCCUCGACGCCAUCCAAGAAGCAGCGCGCCUACUCUCGACCGUCUCCGUCCGUAGGCUCCACCUCGCGUCGCUCGGGCGACGAUUCUGCGACCGACACAGGCUCGGUGGCGUCCAAGGUGCGCCGACGCGCGCGCGAGGCUGGCGAGGAGGAGACCCAAUGGGCGCACUCGGAGCGUCUGCUGCUGGACCGCACGCUGCGGCUACAUACGCUAUCGCCGUUGCAUCUGUCAUCGCUACCAGCGUCGGCGCAGGAGGUGUCGCGUCCGCUCUUCCAGCUUCUGCGCACCGAGCUGCGCAGCUACAUCAAUCUGCGUCUGAGCGACGGUUUUGGAUUCCUCGAGUCGGGAGGCACGACGAUCGACGCGCGCGAUGCGGACAGCGGCGAUCUGCGCCCGCCCGAGCGAAGACGGCGCGCGGAUACGGACCGCGUGGGCCGCGUGCGGAUCGGCUUCAUCGACGACGCCGAGUUCAACGCGGCGCUGCAGCAGAAGGCGACAGCGCGUGCGUGGGCGAUUGAGAUCGAGCUGGGCAAGCCAGCAGAAGAGGCCGACUCGAAUCGGCUGGGAGCAUUGCGGUCCAAGGCGGCGCAAGAGGUGACGCCGGCGGAGCUGUGUCAUAUUGUGUUUGUUCCUGCGUCCAAGCGGCAGGGUGGACAUUCGCGCACGUCGCAUUCGUAUCCGCUGGUCGCGACGAAAGCGCCGUCUUCGAGCGCAGCUGGUGCCGACCCGCUGGUGGGCGCGGCCGAGAAUGUGGCGCCGGUGGUGCUGGGACAUGCGCUCGACUGGAUCCAGAAGCGCUUCGACUGCCGCAUCUCGGCCGCGACGAGUGCCGCUUCGCUUGCAUCGCGUCUGACGGGGCCGAGGCUCGAGGCGCUUGCAGAGCUCAUCGUGCGCGAAACGCGCGCAGCCACGGACGCCCUGAGCGCCGACCAAAAGGCUGCAGACGCAGCAGUCAAACCCGUCGAACUCGUGCUCUCGUUCCCGACCAAAGUCAAGGGUGCAGAGCCAGGCGAGACUCUGCCUGGACCGGCGCCGGACCUUGGCUCGCUCACGCUCACCGUGCCGUGGGAGAUCUGCAUGAACCUCCUCGACGGCUUGGAUCCAGAUGAACCGCUGCUUCCGGCGCUGAACCACUACCUGGCAGUGCAUACAUCGAUACCGCUGGAUGCGCUCGAGCUGACUCGCAUCGGGGUUGCGGGGAUCAACGUCGGAUCGGGCCGAAUCAAGAUCGCGCGGCUGCCUGUCCGAGCUGACGACGCGGGCGAGAAGUCGCUGCACAAGCGUGCACAGCGCGCCAACGACCGAAGACGCGCGGGUGCGGUGUUCGCCUUCCUCCGCCAGGUGGUCGAGGGCGAUGUGGACGAGAGCUCAUGA